GAAUACACCCAUGCCUGCAUCUGAGAAGAAGUUUCAAUGAUGAAUCGUCAAAAGCAAGCCGCAGAAUGUCGGCUGCAGUAAAGCGCCAUCAGUAGCUCAACCAGGCUCGGAAGCGAACAACAAAUGAAAGACGAAAAGUACGAACGCCCGAAAACAGUAAUCGAAUCGUAUAGCGAGAAACUGCGCCAUGCCAGCACCCGUAUAUCCUCAAUUAGGGCUACACCGGCUUCAUGUUCAGUCUCUUCCCAGCAUAAGGAGCCAACCGAGAACCGCAUGCGCAUGAGGAAUAAUUAUCAAAAUGCUGAAAUCUUUGGCUCUGCCUCGAUACUUCAAGAAAAAUAAUUACAACAUAUUAACGCCACCAUUAACACCAGACUUUCCCAGUUUGCGAAGAUCUUCAUCCGCCUCUCCGAGAGCUUCGACACGAUGGUAUCGGGCGCGUUUUCAAUAUUUGCCCUCGUUGACUCGUUGGCACCGAAGACGAAAAGGGUUUUCGAUGAUAGCGCACAACCUGACUGUGACCACUCUGCUGCUCACCGGAAUCGUCCUUGGCUGUCUCAGCGCCUUCCCGGUAUGCCAGGGAGCAGCCGAUCCCGAGCCGGUGCCCAAGGGAACUAUCACCACCUAUGGAACCCGAACAAGCCUCACGCGAAUCGGGGUUGCCGAUACGUCCAAGAUCGCCAACCUGACGAGGCAGCAUGGCGGAGAUCUGUUUUAUACAUUUGAAAAUGACAAAUGUGAUACAGAUAUGUGCGUUGGUUUAUCAAGUGGAACGGCAAGUCUAUCGAAGGGCACCAUCAACAAUAUGCACAAUACUGUCAAAGAGAUAGAUAUGCUGGCCGACUUGAUGACCGAAUGUAAAUGUCAGUGUCUUCCACAUCUGACUACUUAUCGAGAAGAUCUAGGCAUUUGUGUGGAUGAUGUGAGAGAAUGCACCCUUGCACCAUUUGUCAGCGGUUCAACAUUGGAGAAAAUUCCCUUCGUAUUUCUGCCACACCGUGGUCAGAUCGUUUACCCAAGCAAGGAGAUCGGGUUUCCGGGUGUGAAAAUGCCCAUGUGUGCAGUCUCCGGAUCGCAGUACCUGACGCACGCCGGUUGGGUCGAGCUGAGAAAUCCGAUCGAUACCGACGUUCCGUUUCGAUUGUUCCGCGACGAAGGUCGAAUCUAUCUGCAGUGGCUGGGGGAGCCCGACCUCCGGCAGCGCAUGCAAGGUCGCCUCAUCUUGGUACAUCUGAUGUGUCGGGAUAUGACGCCGCGAUUGGUGCUGAAGGAUGGCCGCAGACGCACUGUUGAUGAUAUGAUCCCGAAUCAAAACAUUUUUACACCAUGCAUUGCCUUCAGAGUAGUGGGAACUCCAAUAAAGCACAUUAACAACGUCACCGAGGUCAGUUUUUCAUCGGAGACACAUAUCGAGAGUCAAUCGGGACUGAGCACGAAAGAGUACAUCGUCAUUGCCAUCUGCAGUCUUUGUCUGGGGCUAAUUUACAUCGCAUCGGUAUUCCUGUAUAUUCACAUGAAGAAACGGAAGCGCAACUCCGGAGACGACGACGAUGCCAACACCAUCAAGAAUGAAUAUUCAUCCUACCAGCAGAACGAUCAAGUCACAUUCGGAGUGGGGUUGAGUUCGCAGGUUAAUCCGUUUGCCAGUCAGCCUCACAACAGCUUUAUUGGGCGUGGCGGGAGUCAGCGGCAGAGCGGUGCAACCGGUGGUCAUCGGGGUCUGACGACGGCACUGAAUGUGGGCCUCCAUGCCGAAGAGAUGGGCAUUGUGAAGAACAAUCCCCUGUUGAAGCAUUUCCCGAAUCUGAGCGACAAUUCCGGUUUUAUCAGCGACAACUCCAAUUCCGUGUCCGAGUUUGAAGAUGAACGAACGAUCGAUGUGGAAAAGAUGCAGACCAAGGCCAACAUCCACCAGUCAAAAAACUACUUAGGGCAUACAGACAUGGAUGGCGGACAUCUCCAUCCACAACAGUCGCUGCACAGCCAGAUGUCGCAGCAACAGAGUCCCGAUGGAUCGAGCAAUCCGAAUGGCCCGGAUACCGAGUGUUUGCCAGAGGAAAAUGUGUCCAUUGUCGAAGAUAUCAGCAACGACGAAAAGCUCGAAAGUAUGAAGUCUAUCGUCAACGGAACUAUGCGUCGGAAGUUGUACUUUAAUCCGGCAUAUUUUGAGCCUCAUCUGUUGGUGUCACCACCACCUGCGGCCAUCGAGUUCCUGAACAAGAUACGCGAAGUCAUCACCAUCGCCAAGUACAAAAUGUCGGCCAAACGGUUUCAACCUUCUUUGAACAUAAUUCCCGAGGAAUUGCAACAUGCGCAAGGUUCCGAAAUUUAUGCUGCGGCGCAAACGGCUCCACCAAGCCGUCGAAGCAGUCUCAUCAGCUCUCGACGGGACAGCUCCAAAAAGAGCAUCUGCUCUGGUUGCCCAGGCUGUGAGAAAAAGGGCAACUCGGACGUCGUGGUUCCUUCCAGUAAUUGCAAAAACUGUGGGGACAAACAGAACAGUAUCCGAAAGUGGCUGGAAGACGUUUCAACAACUCACGGCGGCGAAGUUAACGACGUUGAUAUGUUCGACGGUGGUAAACCUGUCACUAACGGAUCGGAAAAUCCGGAAUCCUUAAGAUCAUUGGACGAUCGCUCAACGUGCGAGUCUCUUCCGAUAAAUCCUGAUAUAAAAAAGCAACCCAAAUCGCUGCGACCUCGUCAAGGAAGUAUUCAGAGCGACAGUUCAUCCGCAUCUGACAACGAAACCAUCGUGGCUAACAGUGUGAAGGAGCGUUCUUCGGUGGCGCGAGUUCCAUCUCGAAGCAAAUCUAUUAGAUCGGACACAAGCUCAGCUCCCAAAAUAGUUUCACAUAGUUUGAAGUCCGACGUGAUUAAAAUGGCCAAAUUCGGACCAGAUGAUGGAUCGAUAAUGAAGAAUAACAAUUUUGUGUACGAUCAUAACCCGAUUGAGGGCCACUCUAAAAAUCAAGAUAUUUACAUGAGAAAUAUCAACAAUUCUUUGGUAAACUUGGACUCAAAUAAAAUUUACGAUAAGCGUGAUCUGUACGGCAUAACUGGCGGCAGCGAACUGUUUAAUAACCCUCAGUUUGAAUCCUCGCCUAAGAUGCAGCAUCGCGUUAUGAACCAUAAUCAGCAUCAUCAUCAUCACCAUCAUCAGCAAAAUAGAAAACGUUCGAAUCCGCAGAGCCAUCCGGGGCCCAUAGGGAAACGGCAAAUAGAAGUAAUGGAUCAGUAUUCGAAGGCAAACAACGGUGCUAAAAUGAGGAACAUAAAUCACAUGCCGGAUAUGGUGUACGAAGCAUUGGCAAUGGACCAACGGAAGAAUUCUUGGAGAGGACGUGGUGAACCGGUUCCCAUCAAUGAGUACAUACACGACUCUGACAGUCGGUUUAGUAGCAUCGAUCGCACUGAGAAGUACCGAAAUGAAAAGUUCUUUCAUGACUUCAUCAAUUCGGACGACAGCAACACCCUCGGAAACCGCUCCGGAAAGAACUCGUUCAACAAAUACCAACCGGAUUCCCCAAUCUACUCUCGAAAAUCACCACACUACUUAAUUGUUGAUUACGAGACGGAUAGCUUAGAAAGGGUCACUUCCAAGACCCAGAUCAGCUUUAAUACUUCGACAACUACCAGCAGUGACCUCAGCUCCCAACCGUCACCAUCCCACAGUACGGCACUUCCGCUGGAAGAGGAGGUUGAGAUACGCAAUGCCAUUUACGAUCGGGUGGAGGGGUUUAGGAAGGAUACAGACACCAUCACGAAGGAGCGUGAAUGUGUCAGUUUAGACGUAGAUGAGUACGAGGACGUCCCGAUGAACUCGCUUGCCGAAACAGUCAUACAAGUACCAACGAAAAAGAGCCCGAAAAUUAAGUGUGAUACGCCCUUCCAAGGGAGCAUAACGAUUGAGGUCGAACACAGUCCAGACGAUUGUGAAUUGUCAACGGAUAGCGACCAGUUUGAACCUGAUACGCUGGACCGCAAGCCAAAAAAGCACAGCAACAUUAUCGGACGACACAAGAGCAAUGUUUGGGCUCAGGACCGACUCAGUACAAAGGAAUCCAAUUUGACCUCCCUGCCAGCCGAUUUGAACAAUCAUUUUGUUCUAAAAAACUCGCAAUCUUUCCGGGAGACUACUUUUGGAAGUCUCCGGGAAAUCUACGAGUCCAAAAAUCUAAAAAACGUUAAUCAGAAUCAAAUGCACAGCCUGGAAGAGUUUGAGAUAGCUUCGGGGCGGUUACUCACCUUGGAGUUAAGGCACUCUAAAAGACAGCGAUCAAACGACAACACCGUAGUAGUUCCCAAACUAAUGCCACCGGACCUAAUACCUCCAGAGAUCCCUAGUCCUCGAAACCACUAUGAUCAACCCCGACAACAGUUGCAGCAGGUAGAGGACUACGGAAUAUCACCCAAGAAUCUGGCUUGUUGGAACAACGAUAAGUUUACAAAACAGCCAAAUGGACCGGCCCCGAAACCUUCGCUAAGUAACCUGGACAAUUACGAAUCGACGUACAGCCUUACAGCGGAUAGCGAUUCCACGCAAUUCACGGGUGUUUCCGAGAAUGAGAACAACUCGGUUAAAAAAUCAAGAAAGAUUGCCAACUACAGCCAGGUGAACAAACCCAGUCGAUCGCAUUCUAUGGAAAAGGAAGGAUUCACAUUCGAUCGCGAGCAGGACCCAUCGAUGGUAAAAAAUUAUAUGACUUUAGGAGAAUUGAAUGAAAAAAACUUCACCGAUCAAGGCAAAUCGUAUCAAUCCAUGAGUCGCGCAAAAUUUAUUGAAGAUAUUGAUAAGAUCGAGGUGCUGUCAACGAAGACACUAUCGAACUAUGAUUUUCCGAUGAGAAAAGGUAGUCCAAGCAUUAAUCCGAAAGAUUCGGAUGAAGAAAAAAGCUCGUUUGAUAUCACUCCGAUCACAACGACUAAAAUCUUCCGAGUGGAGAUCAACCAAGCUACUAACGGAAUGCAAAUUGCCAUGGGGUUGCGAGAUCGGGUGAAAAAGUCCAAGGACAUAAAAAAUGCCUGGAAAAAAUUUAUUGGAAUUGCGACUUCCAAAUUCAAUGGAAAAUCCGGUGAUGGCAGGAACGAUUCGGAUCUAGAGAAAAAUUCGGAUUCUUCUGACAUUCUGGAUAAAGAUGAAGGUAUCUCUUCGCUGAUAGAUGAUGGUAGUGCCGCUUAUGACAGUCCGGACAAAGGUCAUCGCCAUCACCACCGACACCACCAUCAUCACAAGCCGUCAAGCGCGAGUGGUCCGGCGUCCAAUAGUCGCCAGAUCACGGUCAUCAGAAGCCAUUCCCGAUCUAGCGUCAAAGACGAUAGCGGCUAUAUCAGCGCCGAUUCAAAUGAGUCUCGAUUGAACCGGAAGCUUUACGAACGAUUCAACUUCACUGGUAAAUCGAUUGAAUCGUCAAAUCCAAUCCAGGAGGAAAAUAAGUAUGAGAUAUGUGCGAUUCCAGAACAUGUCGUGAGCACUGUCAAGAGCAAUACAUCAUCUUCCUCGGAAGGUAGCGCUAGAUCCGACAAACAGCUCACACGUCCAAAAGCUCCACCCCCGCCAUUACCACCCCCAAAUCCACCUCCACCACCGCCGACCACAACAAUCCCCACCAAAAAGCUCCCCUCACCGUCUCGAACGAUAGAAAAACCUCUAACCAGGCCACCACCCCCACCAACGAAUCCCGCUCCCAAAAUUCCGAAACCGGAAGAAAACUUCCUCUUCAACACGGCGGAUGCGAUCAGCGUUCGCGUGUACUCGUCGGAUGACGAAAACAUCGCCAGCAGCGAUAACGCGUCCUGCAUUUCCGACAACAACAACGAAGACGACGACGACGGCACGAGCUGUGCCACGGACGACAUCUGCGAGUCCGGGGCGGAGAGCGUCGAGACGCACUCUGUGUUUUUCAAAAAUAUCCGCCCCCGACGGAAUGAGCCGUCCUGCAGUAGUGUGGCUGCCUUGGCCCACUAGUUGGUAAUGCAGUAAGUUUAGCUAAAAUGUGCAAUUUUUACAACAGAUAUUUUAAGAUGAUAUUAGUUUGAAAUUGUUGAAAGACAGAAGUACGAAACGUACACGAGCACUUUUUGUGCUUGAAGCUUCUAAAAUUAGAAUCUCCAGGCAGGCUGCAAUCAGGAUUCGGUUGCACUACGCGUCUUUUAUCGAAUAGAAGUAAAAAUAAUAUCUAAAGUCUUCGAAUUUCCGGAAUACAAUGGAAGGAGCAUAUAUGUCACGUUGUGCAAUAGCAAACGAAUAAGUUAUUUAGUUGUAAUCAGUUAGGGAACGAGUGAAAAGAAGUCUUCAAUCGGUCGAAGUGAUGUACAUUACGAAGCAUUCGAAAAACGAAUUUGAGUUAUGGUACCUCUGAAUACUUUAGAUGCAGUUACGAAGGAGAUUCUUUAUACAUAAAUAGAAUCGUUAAAAUACGUACUAGGCAUAAACUAGGAAAAUAAGUUUUAUUGGACUGCUUUACUACUGUUGUGCAAUUUUUUGAAUAUCUUCACAAAUACAAUUGUGCAAUGUUUCUAUGUUUAAAAUUAAGGAAGAAUGUUUGAUUUACAAAUGAGUUUUGAAUAUGGUCGAUAAUUUUACCGAUUUGGCAGAAACUUUUUCGCUAUUUCUGGUUUGGGGAUCCAAUAAAAGGGAAUUUUAUGUUCAAUUAAUCCAAAGUUGAGUUCAGUUAGGGUUAUUAAAAGAAACUACCGACAAAGAUUGUCGCUGUCGUCGCUGCCCGGAACAUAUUUUGCUGAUACACCAAACCGGCGGUUGUUAGAUUUUCUAACAAUUCUGUAUAAGAAUCUACCAAAACCUGUAUAAGAACUGGGCAUAUGCGAAAUUGUUAUAUUCUUAUACAAAAAAUGUUAGCUAUCAUACAAAUAUUGUUAGAAAAGCUUACAAAAUUGUUAGAUUCUUAUACAAUACUUGUAUAAGAAUCUAACAUUUUCGCAUAUGCCCAGUUCUUAUUCAGGUUUUGGUAGAUUCUUAUACAGAAUUGUUAGAAAAUCUAACAUCCGCCGGUUGGGUGUAGUGAUAGGAAAAAUGUCAUUACAAAAUCCAUAUGAUUUGACUGGUUAGGGACAAAACUUCGAAAGACAAAAGAUCGAAAGGACAAACGGUCGAAAGACAAAAGAUCAAAAGUCAACAGGUCGAAGGGACAAACGGUCGAAAAGGACAAAAGGUCGAAAUGACAAAACGCCGAACGGGACAAAAGGUCGAAAGAAACAAAAAGUCAAAAAACCUUUCGACCUUUUGUCCUUUUCGACGUUUUGCUUGCCAACAUGCUUCGGUCAGCAGAGCAAUGGGAAUUAAAGCGAAUUUAUUCAAAUAUGAGUUAUCGUGCCGAGCUAUGUUGAUUAGCUCGAUGCGUUUGCUUUGUUUUUGACACGUGACACGUGGCAAACUACCAAAAUUUUGAUUAAAAAAUUAUGAGAUUUUCCCAUCUGUAAGAAUUUUAACCUUAGUGUUGUGUUAAUUUAGUUGUCCAUGUACGUGCGACUACAGAGUCAGAAGGAUUAGAAACAACAAGGCCAGUAACUGAUACUUUUGACAUCCGGAUGUCAUUCUUUAGAUCCACAUUCGCACUAAUUGAACAGCCCACUGAAGUCUGCCGUAUUUUCUACGAUCCAUAAUAUUUUCUUCUUUGUAUACUUGAUACAGCUCAUGAUUCAUGCUUCUGCGCCACACAACAUUUUGGGUCUCCGAGCCUUCUAUCAAAAGUUCGGUUUUGGAGUGAUCGUAUAGCCUUUUACGUAUACUUUGUAUACGAGAAAGGCAAAAAAGUGAUUUUUUCGCUUUCUUCUCCAAUAUACCGUAAAAAAGAAAAUUGAUAUCUCAGCAAUGGAUAAAUAAUAGGAAAUUGAUGCACAAUUAUAACAUUUAUUUAUAGAAAAUCUAUCUUUGAAAGGAUCUAAAAUGUUGAAAAAUAUUUAAUUUUUUAUUUGAUUCAAUCGUUUUUGAAGUUUUUUUGCGUGAAUUACAAACUUUGUUCAUCAAUUAUCAUCUAUCUCCGGCAUCUAUUCUGUUCUCGUUGAAUAAUAUAUCUACGAUUCUAUCUUCCGACAUUUGCGCUGCAUGGUUUGCCCACUGAAGUGCGCCAUAUUUUCGAAGAUUCAUUACAUUUUCUGCUUUGAACAAAUGCUACAGCUCGUAGUUCAUGCGUAUGCGCCACACGCUUUUUUCUGGCGCCUCGCUGAGUAUUGUACGCAGCAUCCUCUGCUCGAAAAAAAAUGAAUGCUUUCUUGACUGUCUCUACACGUUUCAUGUCCAUAAUUAGCUGGGCUGGCUAUCUAGUACGAAUGUCAAAAGAAAAAAAAAUCGAUACAACAUUGAACAGAGAACUGGAUAAACGCUGGAAAUAGAUGAUAAUUGCUUAGAAAUAUUGUAAUACCCAAAAAAAAAUAACCUAAAAAAUUCUUCAAGAACGCUUAGUAUACAGAAAUAACUGACUUUUCAACAUUUAAAAUCCUUUGAAAGAUAGGUUUUCUAUAAAGAAAUUCUACAAAUGUGUGUAUUUUCAAUUUUGAGCAAUAAAUCCUAUGAUUUUUCUAUUGCUGAGUUAUCAAUUGACUUUUCAUACGGUAUAUUGGAGAAGAAUUGCGUUCAUAAUUAAUACCAUUUUUUUAAUAUCGUCGAAGAAAUAUUUUCAAAUAUCUUGGGCCUUAUUUCUAAUGACCUUACCUAUCUUUUUGUGAAAAAAAUCAGAGGUACAUGAAAAUUCAAUGAUAAUUUAUUUUUUACACCGUGCACCACUAGGUCUUCCUCUAUCUCUACCUGCCACCAUGUUUGUCUUGGUAGAGUUAAUGGUUAAGCCUAUCCUCGCCGACAAAAGCCUCCACUACUGCUCUGCGAUCGAUUCCAAUGAGGUCGAUGUCGUCCGCAAAGCCCAUGAUCAUAUGCGACCGUGUGAUGAUAAUAGUGCCGUCCUUCUGCACGCCAGAUCUCCUAAUAGCGCCCUCGAGUGCAAUGUUGAACAAUAAAUUCGAAACUGCAUCACCCUGUUUCAAUCCGUCUAAGGUCACAAUCGAGGUUGUACUUGAAUAUGUAUUUGAUUUUGAUAAAACCAUGUUCGGACGUUAGCUGCCACAGGUAAUUUCCUUUCACUGAAUUGUAUGCUGCUUUGAAAUCAAUGAGCAGAUGAUGAGUCUCCAAAUUGUACUCCUGAACGCAACUUGACCGCUCAGUUUGUUUUCAAGUUUGAAAUCGGCGGCAGCUCUACUUUUCCACAUCUUUGUUAAAUAAACAUCAAAUCAUGACGGUCUUCUGCAGAAUUAGGGUAAAUAUUAUGAUGAACGAGUUCAACAAAUAUUAUUUACAGUUGAUUUAACAGAUUUCCGGUCAUUUUCUGCUGGCGGCGAUUACGGCGACGAUUUGCUUUGCAACGAUUUCAAGUCGUCGCGACCGAUAAGAUAAGGUGUUGAAUUCAGGACCGAAAAAAUGGAUUUCUGCUAUUUCGGGUUUAAAAAUACGAGCUCGGUGGUCUAGUGGCUACUGCUUCUGCCUUAUAAGCAGGAGGUCGUGGGUUCAAUUCCAGGCUCGCCCCUUUCCUACUUUGUAUUUCUAUCAUAGGGUCGUAUGAAUAAAAAGUAGCAAAACUCAACGCUUGUAGUAUCUACUCAAAAAUAAAGUCCACAGAGAAAACUACAUGUUUGAUAUGAAUAAAAACAUUUUCGAACUUAUGGCACAUGCUACAUUCGAACUUAGCCUUUACUACAGUUUACUACCAUUUACUACACGGAGAAACGUCAAAACAAAAUAGACCCCAUGAUGACGAUGAUGAUUUCAUCAUUUUUUUUGCGGCUAAUCAACAAAAAACAUGUCUGUUUUGUUUGUUUUGAUUCUGAUGAAUAAUCUGCAUUUGAAACAUGAGUAGCAACGUCUUGAGCAGACUACAAGAAAACAGUAGUAAACUCUUGUUUUAUUCAUACCGAAUCAGUUGUUUGUAGUAUGUUCGAAAUGUGUAGUGUAGUAAAGUCUCUUUUAUUCAUACGAACAUGUUCCACAAGUGACGUUUACUACUGAAAAUGUAGUAAAGUUGAACUUACUACUUUUUAUUCAUACGACCCAUAGUUUCUUCUGUGUUUCACGUUCUACCAACACGAUUCCUACUGUUAUAACCUUCCACACUAACAAUUCCAAAACCUCCUGUGGCACCUAUGAGAGGUCGUAGAGUUCUCUGCAUCUGCUUUAACUGUAUUCCAGCAGUCCUCAAGAGGGGCACCAUCGAGCUCACCCUCUUCCGGCAACGCUGCCUCGAGAUGCUGCGCGUAUGCAGUGGCGACAUCAGGUUGCUUCAGUCGCUCUAGGUCGUGCCGCGGCAGUCGUCGGUACCGAACAUUGUUAAUGACGGAUAGUUUUGGGCGCAGUUUAACCAUCACUAGAUAGUGGUCAGAGUCGAUGUUAGCGCCACGAUAUGUCCUGACGUCGAUAAUGUCGGAGAAGUGCCGUCCAUCAAUCAGAACGUGGUCGAUUUGUGAUUCUUUCUGCAGUAGUGUACCGAUACGGGAGGCUGUGUUGGAAGUAGGUGCUGCGAAUGGCCAUAUUCUUGAAGGCGGCGAAAUCAAUUAGUAGUAGGCCGUUUUCGUUCGUCAGCCGGUGAGCGCUGAACUUCGGUCUAAACUCCUCCUCAUGGCCAACCUGAGCGUUCAAAUCUCCUAUGAUGAUUUUGACGUCGUGGCUUGGGCAGCUGUCGUACUCACGUUCCAGCUGCGCGUAGAAUGCGUCAUUAUCAUCAUCAGUGCUUCCAGAGUGUGUGCUAUGGACGUUGAUUAUGCUGAAGUUGAAGAACCGGCCUUUGAUCCUCAACCUGUACAUUCUUUCAUUGAUCGGCCACCACCCGAUCACGCGCCUUUGCAUAUCGCCCAUCACUAUGAAAGCUGUUCCCAGCUCGUGUGUGUUGCCGCAGCUCUGGUAGAUGGUAUGAUUACCUCUAAACGUUCGCACCACAGAUCCCUUCCAAUAAACCUCCUGCAGCGCUACGAGUAUGCGUGUGCUUCCGACGAAGUUGAGAGAUUUGCAGUUCCACGAACCGAGUUUCCAAUCGCUAGUCCCUUUUCGUCGCAGUGGUCUUCGCCGAUGGUUCCGGUCCGGUCCAUACACACUUAAAUCAUUUCACAGAUUUCGGUGGAUUUUGAUCCAAUUCACCGAAAUCUCAACAGCAGAAAUGUUCGGUAAUUAUUUCACCAAAUUUUUAGCGAUUUUUCCUUUGUUCAACUGUCAAAACCACCGAACAUCUGUAAAAUUAUCCACCGAACAGUUCUGCUGUUGAGAUUUCGGUGAAAUUUCACAGAAAUCUGCGAUUUAUUUUAAGUGUGUACUCUCUUGUUGAUUGUUCGUUGCGUCUGUUUUUUUAAAGGCUGGCUUACAGGGCCUGACACCAAACCCCCUAAAUUACCGAAGGACCAUUCCUCCUUGUUUCCGGUGGACCAUGGUGCACAGUUUCACUUAGAGUCCCUCGCUGGCACUCGGACGAUGAUCAGCCGCCCCUAACAUGGAGAACAGACGCUGUUGUGAGCCGAUCCUGACAUGGAGAACAGACGCUCAAUAAGAUUUGCACCUCCGGCGAGGAGCAAACCCCCCCUUCCCUGUCAGCAUACGACCAUAGUUCCCACCGGGGUUGGUUACCCGAUCUUCCCCAAUGGAACGUACACACGGUCAAGCAGUUUGACUAACAUUUACUCCACCUUUCGUUUAUUCCAACAUCCAUCAAGUUUUACCAACAACGACAGGAACAAUCAAUUCAUUUGACUAACAAUAUCACACACGAACGACCGAAGCGCUAACUUGAGCACCAACCAUCAAAAAAUAUAUGGGGGAUUGUGCAACUUCACUACAAAUGCUCAAACAUUUUUCCAACCGAGCUGCCAACUGUCAAAUGGUUGUUCGAACAACUUCACACACGAUCACACAAAGCAGCAACCGAAGCGUUUUCUUGGGGGCGGAGUCAAUGUUCGUCAAACUGCUUGACUGGUGUGUACGUUGCAUAAGGUUGCUCGUAUCCCGGCCAGCACCGCGGGGAGGUAGGGAUAGGAGUUGCUGGGUAAGAGGCUAAGGACCGCGAGAUGGGGUCUAUUUUAUUCCUUCAGGUACGCGAAGUACCAAUGGUACGCUUUACCCAGCAUUUGCCGUGCCGAGAUGAAUAUAUGUUCAGUGAGAUGAAAAAUGGAACAGUUCCCCUUUCAAAGGGGCACAAAUACGAGUAUCUGCGAAUCGUACCGUGGCAGGUGUGAACACUCAACAAUGUUAAUAGGGGAUAGUUUUGGUUAAAACCCUUUUCUAGGUAGCAGCUCGAGUAGAUGUUAGCGCCAUUAUAGCAUCUUUAGAUUCAUUUGGUGAUGUCCAGGUGUACUGAUAUCGGAGACUCGGCUAUUUCGAAUAACCCAAAUAGGAAAUUGGAUUUAAAUCUAGCAAAUCAAUUGAUUCCAUCAAAAACUUUCAUUUGCUUGAUUAUCUAGACAUAGAAACUCAGUUCGGAAAAUGCUACCUACUGAAAGUGACAGCAAUCUUAUUUUAUACAUUUACUGUAACCUGACCAAACAUCAAUAUUACAUUAAAUUUUGACAUUGGAUUGGUGACGAUCCGUAUGGUAGUUUUAUUUCAGAUUUUCCUGAACACCAGUCAUACGAAAUAUCCAUAGACAUGUGCAGGGUUCAUCAAAUUCACUCUCCCGAUGGAUUUUCACAAAAGAUCAUUCUGCGAUCAGGAUUUUUUGGGGUAGUUCUUUUUGCGUUAGUCUAUUUCUCAAAUGAUAGCUAUUAGUUAUGUGCCUUAGUGCCUUAUAGUUUGAUGCAAACUCGACUCUGUCAAAUAUGCAUACGCUCCUUUAUUCGACUGGCUUGGAUUUUGGAAGUUUUCCGUUACCGAUAAGCACCCCUAUUUAUUACCCUAGGUACCAGAUGAUAUACGGAUGACAUUCGGAGUUGUGAAAGCCUAUUGCAAUUAACCAUCCGCUAGGACAUACUUUUAAAAUCAUACUUGAUAUCAUGAUUCCCCAGUACAGCUUCAUACCAGAAUUCUCUUGAGUAAUAUAAUACGUCACGUCAUUCGGUGAUUUAUACGACCUAUUCAAAUGAAAAAAAGUCAUGUGUGUGAGAACAAGCUUUGAGUGAAAUUAUUCGAUCCUAUGAUGUGUAAACAAUAAACAGUUGUGAUAGGAAGUUGCAAUAUACUAUGUACGCACUAUUUAGCAUGUAAAAGUUAGCGAAGGAACUAGAGUAAGUAGAUUAGCAAACAGACAAGCGCAAAAUGCAAUAUUAGCGUUUAGUAAGGCCGGAUGUGCAAUAAUUACAACAAUCCGAUUAGUUUUCUAAGGCGUCCUAGCGAAAUAUUAUUUAUCUCGAAUAUACAGUGACUAGGGAAUAAGGUAGUUAUAGCUAAAGCAACAGCUAUAAUACCAAAAAAAUGACGGUAAUAUUUUUGGUGCAAUUUUUUCUGUUUUAGAUUAGAGAGCUAUCAAAUAAUUCAUUAUUUUUGUUUUGUUUCUGUUUUGUUUUAGUAAGACACGCCUAGCUUCGUAAGUACCUGCCAAAUAUUUAGAAUUAAUAGCGGAAAAUCCGUAGUAAAAUUUUAAGAUAAACGUAAAUUCAGAGAUUUUUUUCUAGCUAAAUUUAAUUCUAUUCUAUAAGGCGAUUUGGAGGCGUUCAAUGUCAGCGUUGAAAUUGCAAAGAGCGGGUUUGACUUGCCUUAUUUUAUGAACACUGUUUUUGGGAUUUUUUCUUGGUGAUUGGUUUUCCAGAAAUUGACCCAACUCUCUACAUAGGUACCAAGUCUGUUUCCCUAAAAGAUUGAUUUUGUGUGUUAUAACACCCAUUUGUUGAUUUUCUGUCAGUUAACGGUGCAUAUGAUUGUUGUUAAUGUUAUAGAGAUUUUAAAUAUGAUGUAUAAAUUAGACUCAUUCCAUGACAAGCAAUAUUAAUUUUACAAUGACAUUAUUAUUAUUUAUGAUAAGCGAAACAAAAAAACGUAUUUAGUGUUAAUAAACUAUUAUAAAUAAGAGCUAGGUGCUACAAAACAAAAUGAAAGCAUUUUAGCUUUUGAUAUGCCUGCAAUUGCUCACAUGAAACUUUAUAGAAGACCCAGUAAAUAACAUUUCGUCUAGUUGUUUGUACAAGGCAAGAUUUAAAAUCGUGUCCUAACAUCAUGCAAUGUAAAUUAUUUGAAAGAAGUUAAUAAAGACAUUUUUAU